UCUGACUGCUGAUCUAUGACUGGAAUGAAUGGCUCUUUUGUAGCUCCUGUUUUGCAAUAUGGAAUAACUCACAAUGCAGAUGACUAUAAAUCUAGUAAAUGUUUAUGGAAGAAGACACCCUCUGACAGUUCUGGUACUGUUUAAUAACAUAUACCUAUAAGAAAACCGAAGUCAGUAGCUGAGAUACUGGUGGCUACAGCUGGUCAACAAGAAACUUUCUCAUGGUUUUUAGACACCUGUUCAUCAAGGUCAUGCCUCAGUUGUACAGGUAUAAAAGCAAACUUCACUAGAGAGCGUUAGGACAAGAUCCUCAUAACAUCAGCAUCUGGAAACCAUUAACAUCACCUUAAAAAAAUGAAGCAUUAUUUACUUAUUUUCUUUAUGAUCGGUCUCUGCCAUGGACAAGUGAAACUAGGUUCAUACAAUAUUAAUUCUGUGUCUGUAUCUGGCUUGUCCUCUGGAUCUUACAUGGCCAAUCAAUUCCAUCUCGCUUAUUCUAAGAGAAUCGUAGGAGCUGCUUUGUUUGCCGGAGGACCUUAUUUCUGCGCACAAGGGAGCAUGACGACAGCACUGAAUGCUUGCAUGAAGUUACCUUUAAGCAUUAAUGUGGAAACUCUAAAAUCAAAAGCGCAAUCUUACGUUACUUCUCUGCUUCUUGAUCCUUUAUCUAACCUUGCUGGAUCUAAAGUGUUUAUAUUCUCCGGAUCUCGCGACACAGUUGUAGUUCCAGGUGUGGUGAAAAAACUGGAAGAGUUCUAUAGAGCCUAUAUGAGUACAGGCAUCCAAACUGUGUACGAUAUUCCUGCUGAGCAUGGCAUGCCAACUGAUAGCUAUGGAGGCGCUUGCGGAACAACCAACACUGAUUAUAUAAACAACUGCAACUACAAUGGAGCCUAUGAAGCCCUGGACCACAUCCAUGGAGGACUAGUGAAACCGAGCAGCUCUGCAACCCUAACUGGAGAGCUGAUCUUAUAUGACCAGGUUGAAUACUUCAAAUGGGCUGCACCAUCUACAUAUGGAAUUGAUACCGCUGGAUAUAUUUAUGUUCCUAGCGCUUGCAAGAAUGGAGCUUCUUGCAGUCUGCACAUAGCCUUCCAUGGAUGCUUGCAAGGAAGGGAGAAGGUUGGUGACAAAUUUGCCAGAUAUGCUGGUUACAACCAGGUUGCUGAUCUGAAUAACUUUAUCAUCCUGUAUCCUCAAGCCAAGUCUAACUUCAGUAACCCAAAUGGAUGCUGGGACUGGUGGGGAUUCAGCUCCAUUGCUUACGCUAACAAGAAUGGCUACCAAAUGACUGGUGUUGAAAGAAUGAUGUUGAGAACGCUGGGACAAUACUAACUUCAUCCAAUGUAAAAUCUGGAAGACUAACUGUAUAGAAUUAAACAAAACAAAAAAUAACAAAACAACAAAUGGAUAGAAUUUUCUACAAUCUAAAACCUGACUACAACUUGUACCACCUCACUUUAUUAUAAUCUUGAAACAAAUAAAUUAUUUGAUAAUUAA